AUAAGUUUCUUUUAUAUAUAAAACUAUUCUUAUAAUAUACUUAUAAUACACGUGGCGCUCUUAACCUAAAAAGUAAACGAUUUUAAUAUAAUAUUAAUAAAAUUAUUUUAUGUUUUAUAAAAUUGUAGAUAUCGGAAGUUUAAUUAUAAAAAAAGUUUUAAUAAUUCAGAAAUAAACAUUCGAUAUGCGGAAUAUAAGUAGAACUGACAAGAAGAAACUUUCUUGGAUAUAUAGGAAAAAAACAAAAUUACAAAAGUCAAACGAAUCAACACAAAACAUAAUUGAUAAUAUAGAUGAAAAUAAGAAACCUAGAAUUAUUGUUCGUAAUAUACCAUUUAAGGCAACUAAAGAAGAUAUAAAAAAGUUAUAUGAAUCGUUUGGUGAAAUUUUAGAAAUAAAUUUUCCAAAACGUACUGAUGGUACACUAGUUGGAUGUUGUUUUAUUCAAUUUAAACAACUAGAAGAUGCAUCAAAAGCAAUAUUUAAUACAAAUAAAAAAGAAUUUCUUGGUAGAGUAAUAUCUAGUGGUUGGGCUGUUUCAAAAUCAAGAUAUUGUGAAAAAUUGAAAAAAGAAUUAGAAAAUUUAAAUGAUAAAGACCAUGCAGUUCAAAAUGGAGAAAAAAAUAAAAACGAAAAAUACAAAAAUAAAACAAAAGAGAAAGAUAUUGAAGAAAAAAAAGAUCAAUCUAAACAAGAAAAAUUGUUAUAUGCAAAAAAGGAAAAAAGAAAGUGGUUAAAGGAAAAAAAUCGAAAAAAAAGAGCAAGAGUUGUAGUUAGAAAUUUAUCAUUCCAUGCAAUGGAAGAAGAUUUAGAAAAACAUUUUUCUCAAUAUGGUACAAUAGAAGAAAUUAAAAUUUUGAAGAGAGAAGAUGGUGCAAAAAUAGGAUGUGCAUUUAUUCAAUUUGAACAUGUACAAAGUGCAGCUAAAGCUAUACAUUAUGCAAAUUUAAAACCACUUUUAGAUAGACCUAUUAUAGUUGAUUGGGCUAUACCCAAAAAUAAAUUUUCUAAGAAUAAUUCUGAAAAUAUAAAUCAAGAAGAUGAAAUAAAAGUAAAAGUAGAGGUAGAAAGUGACAUAGAAGAUAAUAUAAAUAAUAUAAAAAAAUUAAAUUCAAAUGAAGAAUUAAAUGAUGAAGAUGAAAAACAUGAUAUUGUUACAGAAAAUGAUGAAUUUGGUACUUAUGAUUUAGAGGAAGUAGAAACAGAAAAUGAUGAAGAUGAUCAAGAAAAUGAAGUUAAAGAACAAAAACAGCUGGAUAUAAAAGAAAUAAAAUAUCCACGUUUCGAGUCUCAUGAUGUUUCUGAAGGAAAAACUAUAUUUUUGAAAAAUGUACCAUUUUCUGUAAAAAAUCAUGAAUUAAAAAAAUACAUGGAACAAUUUGGACCAGUUUAUUAUGCUCUUGUAUGCAUAGAUUCAUUGACUGAAUAUUCAAGAGGAACAGCAUUUGUUAAAUUUAAGAAAGUUAUAGAUGCUGAAAAAUGUUUAUCAGCAGGAAAUAAAUUGCAAAUGGAAGAUCAAAUACUUGAAGCAUAUAGAGCCUUAGAUAAAAAUGAAAUUGAAAAUAAAGAAAAUUUAAAGCAACAUAAACAAAAGGAUUCUAGAAAUUUAUAUCUUAUAAAAGAAGGAGUUGUAUUAGCUGGAAGUCCAGCUGCUGUUGGAGUUUCAGCAGCAGAUAUGACAAAACGAUUACAAAUAGAACAGUGGAAAUCACAAAUAUUACGAAAUCUAAAUAUGUUCGUAUCAAGAGUGCGACUCGUUGUUCAUAAUUUACCACCUAUAUUAGACGAUUUUAAAUUCAGAAAAAUUUUUGAACAUCAUGGUCCUCCUACUGCGAUCAUUAGAGAGGCACGUAUUAUGCGAGAUAUAAAAGACGUAGAUAUUAAAGGAGUGGGAAAAUCGAAAGAAUAUGGAUUUAUUUCAUUUACGAAACAUGAAGAUGCACUUCAAGCUUUGAGAAAUGUGAAUAAUAAUCCAAAUAUAUUUACUUCCAAUAGGAGACCAAUCGUGUCAUUCUCGAUAGAAAAUCGGAUUAUGGUAAAUGCUAAGCGAAAGAGACUUGAAAAAAGUCGUGAAAAUAAUCCUCUUUGGACGGGAAAUAAAAUGAAAAGAAAAAAAGAAAUUACGAAUGAAGAAGUUGCAACAAAGAAAUUAAAAACUGAAAAUGUAGAUGAGUUUAGUAAAAAACCAUAUGCUGGAAUGAUUGGAAAACCUGGUGUAAAUAAAUUGCGAUCGAAACAUAAUUUAAAAACUCAAGCAAUAGUGCAUAAUCGAACAAUAAAAAAAGAAAAAAAAAUUAAAAAAUCAUCUAAAAAAUUAGAUAUGAAAAGAAAACAAAAAAUUAACGAUAAGAAUAAA